AUGAACAAAAUCGGUGCCGUGAUCAUCAUCGGCGGUCUCGUCUUUAUGGUCGUCGAUUUUGAGCGCGGAUCUGCAAUUUACGACAUCCUGAAGAUGGAAUUCGAGCGUCGCGAUUGUCUCGAUGGAGAGGAUGUGAUAAUUUCGGAGAUGAGCUUUGCGCAGCUUCUCCUCCUCCAUGCAAAUAUUGAUGAGAGGAAGAUGAAGGGAAUGUUGAAGAGGGUACGCAAGAAAUAUCAAGAUGGACCCGGCAUCACCUUCGAGGAGUUGAUUUGCGUGCAACUAGUGCCU